AUGCCGGCAGAGCAGCCAUAUGAUCCUCUCCUCGCAUGGUUGGAACAACCGGACCCUCCCUCUCGCUCUCAAAACUAUUCCCGUGGGGGAAUACACGUCGCUGCUGUAAAUGAGGAGCAACACCACCGAAACCAUCUUAUAGCAAGAGAUGCAACGAACUCCUUGGAAGAUCUUUUACGCAACGACCCUUUUAGACACAGCCGUGUUCAAGAAGUUACUGGUUCGGCCCCUGUGACAUCUCGCACACCCGGUGAUAAUCUGCAUUCAGAGGGACCGGCCAAUAUCGAUGCUGAGGAUAGCGAUGGAUCCCUAAUUAUCCAAGAGGAGGCUUCGCAAUUAGCCGCUUCAAUAGACCCGUUUAAUCUCCCGUUGCCUGAGUCCAGAACGCCAUCCCCUCAAAGACGACGUCAAGAAGAGCGAUGGGUUGGUCCAGGACAGCUUGGUCCUCACGCAAGAAGAGAAACGUUUUCGCCACCAUACAGAAAAAUCCUUGAGAAUGCUGGAAAGGUGCUAGAACAUAUCAAAAACGGAAGUGUUGGUAAAGCUUCCCGUCACGCGAGGACUUCAAUCACAUAUUACGACUAUUUCGACAACCUCAUGUCCGAUCCAAGGCAUAUCGAUCAUUCAGCGGAUAUCGCAGCGCUGCGCCAGGUUUCAGAAAAUGUAAAGCAACGGCUUAUUUUUGUGGAAGAUCUUUCUAAACCUAUGAUGGACAAACUGGGUGAAAUCUUCAGCAUCAAUCCAGAGUUCUUCGAGGAGCAUUUACUAAAUUCUGGCUAUGCCGGCGGAAAAUAUGACAGUCCACCGGCUCGAACCUGGAGCACAGCAUCAUUUGAGAAAUCCUACGUGUCAUUUAGGUGGAUUCGACCAGUUUAUCGACUUCCAACAUACUUCUCAAGCCGCGACCUUGAAGAUCUGCUUGAGGACAGCACAAAGCAUUUCACACGGCAGGGGUCUGUUACGACUCGAAUACUCACGAAUAUAUUCCGGCUAGAGUGGGGCUUGUGGACAGACCCUGUAAAAACAGUGAGGAUGAAAAGAGAGUGUGGGUUAGAGGAGAGAGUGUCAAUUUGGAGAAAGAAGCUCAUUGAUCAAAACACUGAGAUUGUAAUUGUACUUCUUGACCCUUUGCCGGAGAUAUCUGAGGAACAUCAAUUCUGGAAAUCAGGUGGUUCUCUGGGAGAGAAUGGCGAGAGUAAUGAUGCGUUGUACCAGACCUCCGUGGAACAGGGGAUUUUUAUCGAAGAGCUUAUCGUGGUUGAAGAGGAACCACAACGUGUCAGGGAUCAACGUUCGAUUGCUACGUUGUUGAGCAGGAUCAUUGGCAGAGAAAGGCGCGAAAGCCCCCAAUUUGAGGAGGACAGCGAAGUACUACGUACAGUCAUCGUUGAACAAAUGGCUCCUCGCCAAGCAGUCUCAGCCGACCUAGACCGCGUAUUUCGAACAUCGCAGUUGACGUCAAACUUCGGGGACAAACUCAGGGAGACUAAGUCAACCCGGUCAGAGAUCUGUGGCGCGCUCGGAAUGAACGGUGGACCACUUAGCCUGGCCAAGCCGUUGCUCCGAAUCGUCAGACAAGAUACCUUGACCCUUCUCAGGCAGCUGCAACAAGUCCUUGACGAAAUAGAGAUCGAGAUUCUAGAUGACACGAAGAUGGAGGAUAGACUGGGCUUAUGGCGACAGGUUAUUAGCCGUGCUCAGAGAGAGCUUCCAGAGCUGAAAUCCUCCAUGGAGCCUUUCAUUGAGUUCCUCAUAAAAGUCCAUCCUCUAAAUUCUCCUAUGGAGGUUGCAGCCAUCAGAUCGGAAGUUACGCAAGGUUUCGACGAACUUUGGAAGAAUAUCGAUCACAUGCUGGAUCGACUUCAGGGAAUAUCGGCAUCUUUGACUUCCAAUAUGGGUCUGCUGGACAGUCGGCGCUCGAUCGACGAAGCUCAUGCUGUAGCAAGACUCACCGAACUCGCGUUCAUUUUUGUUCCGUUGUCUUUCGCGUCCUCUGUUUUUGGCAUGCAAAUAGAACCAUUUGCAAAUCCUGUCCCUAUCCGGAACUUCUUCGUUGUGGCUAUUAUCGUGACAUCAUUCGCUUAUUUGAUGCGCAUGACCAUGCGCAGCCAUUGGCUGAUUGAUCUCAAGGCAGCCGUGAAACAUGAUGUCAGGAGAUACGCAGAAAGGAAUGGUCAACCUGUGCAACCUCGAUCGCUUCCAAUGCUCCUUAUCAUUCAGUGGAUAGGAAUCCGACUGGGUAUAAGCAUUGCCAAGGCUUGUAAAUGGACCGCCAAACGGACAUGUUUAAUAGCAAAGAAGCUCUGGGCUGUGUUCGGCUUCAUUAUCACCUUCGCUUUGUUGAAUGGCGUGGCUUCGGCAAUACCAAUUGCCGUCCUCUGGACCCGCGAGCUUGAUUCCAGUAUACAGGAUGCUGUCAGCAUUGCUAUUGUUUUCAUUGUUAUAGUCAUCAUUGGAGUCCCAUUCUGGUUCAGAUCUGAACCAGACUUUCGCAACGCAUUACCCAACCUUAUUAUGGAUGGAGUGCGUCGGACACCUUGGUGGGCUAGAACGACAUCGAUAUAUAUGAUCUUGACCGCGACAUUCAUUGCAGUACCCUUGACACUCAUUUGGACACGCCCACUAGCUACUGGCAUCAAGAGUGGGCUGACCGUGGGAGUUGUGUUGAUUGUGGUUCUAGUUAUUCUAAUUGUCACUCUUUCGGGGCUUUUUGGACGAAAGCCUCGCUAUAACAUUAUACGAUACGUUUAG